UGGAAUCGAAUAAUCAAAAAGUCGUCGUGUCUGCUCGUCCAUCGUCCAUGGCGCUCGUAACUGAGGAUUCUUCGAUUGUGUUCCGUCUGACAUAAACAUUUCAGUGAUUUUGUUGAGAACGUUCGCGAAAACCCGCAAAGAUGAGGCUGAUUUUAUUGAUGUUUGCCCUCGCCGCCGUCAUUUAUGCAAGUGAGGCGAAGCGCAAGAGGAAGUUCGAAGGCGACUUCGAGUUUGACGAAGAGGAUGAAAACAGGACGAACAAAUCGGGUGAAAAGAAAAGGUGGAUUCACGACCCUUCAAGUGACCUCUGUCGACCGCUGAAUUGCAAAAAGAAAGAGAUAUGCCUAUUGGAAGACACGUUCACUGCCGUCUGCGUAUCCAGAAAGGAACUCAAGAAAAAUGGAGACAUAGUAGUUCCCAAAUCCGCAGCUGAGACCGAAGAACCGAAAGAAGAAGAUGACGACGUAUUCUACGAUACAGAGGAUGAUCUAGACAAUGAUAGUGAAGAUUCUGGAGAGUCAGUGAUAUGCAAACCUUGCCCUGUUGUGAAACCAAUUUUCUUGUGCGGAUCAGACAACAGAACGUACAGUUCCUUAUGUCGGCUCGACUACCACAACUGCAUACAUCGAACAAGUAUAAGAGUAGGAUGUAAAGGAUUCUGUCCGUGUGUAGGUGAGCAGCGUCAGUUGGAUAAAAACAAUAUGAUGUACGCCGAAGACAAAGAAAGACUUCGCGGGUACAAUGAAGUUCUAGAUAACAAAAUAUACAGCGGUCCAAUUCUUGGCACUCCCAUAUACCCUCCCAAACAGUGCUCUCCGGCGGCUCUACAAGCUAUGGGAAAUCGAUUACUGGACUGGUUCUCGGUUGUUAUGGCCGAUUCAUCGAAAAGAAGGCGAAUGAAAAACAAAUCAAAAGUUCACUUCCCGAUGGCGUGUAAGGGCGAAGUGCGAUGGAUGUUCCAGCACUUAGACACGAACGUUGACUCGAAAUUAUCGCUGCAAGAACUCUACGAUUUGGAACACGACCAGAGCGAAGUGUGUUUGAAGCCGUUCCUGCAACAGUGCGAUGCCGACAGAGAUGUCGUCGUUACGCCGUCGGAGUGGUGCAGAUGUUUCCAGAGAACAGAGAGGCCUUGCGUAGCAGUUAAACACAAAAUUACGUCCGAUUUCUUGGGGGUUUAUGUUCCAGACUGUGAUAGUCAAGGAUACUAUAAUCCUGUCCAAUGUCAUGGCGCAAUCGGGAUGUGCUGGUGUGUUGAUAAACAUGGUGUAGAGUUUGCGAAUACCCGCACCCACGCCAAACCCAAUUGUGAAUCUCUGGUGCACAAGCCAAACGAUUUUUCGAAGCAAAUCGCCACCAACAGUGUUGAACAUGCCAGCGAUGACGAAGACGGAGACGAUGGAGAACAAGACGUAGAAGGCAGCGCUGACCACCCUACAGACUACUAA